AUGGACACCCUUUAUAUUAUUUCAGCCAUAUUUUGGUUUCCAAGUUCUUGGAUUCAAAUCGUGGUUAUUUCGCUAUUCUAUUCAUUGAUUUAUUCCAUUUUUAAACAUUAUUGUCUACCUUAUCGAGUUUUACGAAGAACAGGCAUACCCUUCGAUCGUCCUACUUAUUUAGUAGGCAAUAACUUUGACUUUGAUCCUUUAACACUUCAUAAACGUCAGCUAGAACAGCAGAAAAAGUACGGCUUAGUUUAUGGUGAUUUCUUUUUUACCAUUCCUACUAUAUUUAUAGCGGAUCCAGAGAUGAUUAAGAGUAUUAUGGUUACUCAUUUUUCGAACUUUUGCAAUCGAUUCCAAGCCAUUAAUAUGCCCAUUCUGUUUGAAAAAUCCAUUUUAAGGAUCGCAGACGAACCAUGGAAACGUAUUAGAACUGUGAUGAUCGGAUCAUUUAGUGCUGCCAAAUUAAAACCUAUUGGAAAUCUAGUAAGUGAUUCUUGUCGUAUUCUAAUGAUUAGUUUUGAUGAGGGUUUUCAUAAAAACAAAAAAGUUAGUUUAACAAAACCCUGUGAACACCUUUCUAUGCAUGUAUUACUGGCUGCAGCAUUUGGUAUCGAAUUUGAAACAUUAAAGGAUGAGAGUAAAAUAACCGAAGCUGUUAAUGUUCUGUUUGCAAAUAUGCCAGUGGGUUUGCGUAUGGUUAUGAUGCUUUCCAUUCGACUAUGGGAAUUUCUCGAACCUUUAAUGGGCGGUAAAGUGCUAAGUUCAAUGGAUUACUUAAUGCAAAUAGUAUUAAAUGUAAUUAACGAUCGACGCAAUAAUAUCAAGUUGAAUAAGUCAUGCCGUCAAGAUAUCUUACAAAUGUUGAUAGAAGCUGGCGAUAAGGGCAAAUUAACUGAUGAAGAAAUUGUCGCUCAAGUAUUCUUUUUAAUGGUUGGAGGUUAUCAAACUACCGCUAAUACUUUAAUGUUUGCUCUACAUUCGAUUGCUACAAAUAGUAAUGUCCAAGAGAAAUUAUAUGAUGAAAUUCAAGCUAAAUAUGAUAAUAAUAAUUGUCACAUAGAUUAUGAUUUCGUUCUUGAGUUACCAUACUUAAAAAUGGUUUUAGAAGAGACUACACGAAUGUAUCCUCCUGUGAUAUUUCCCGAUCGUGGGGUUAAAGAAGAUAUUACUAUCAAUGGCUUGCUUAUUCCUAAAGAGGUGAUGAUUGGAUUUCCUACGUACGCCAUACAUCAUAAUCCAGACUAUUGGCCAAAUCCAGAAGAGUUUCGUCCUGAGCGUUUUACAGUUGAAGAAAAGGCAAAACAGAUUCCAUUUAGCUAUAUUACAUUCGGUGGUGGGCAACGACAUUGUCUUGGUAUGCGCUUAGCCAAAUUAGAGGUUAAGAUGGCAAUAGUGAAUAUAUUACUUAAAUACGAACUGUUUCCAGUUGAAGAAACUAAAGUACCAUUAGAAAUAAAGAGCGAGGCAACAUUGAUGCCUGUUGAAGAAAUUAUAUUAGGUUUAAAGAAGCGAUAG